AUGUGGAUAUCAACGGAGUUUUACAGUGACUGUAUUAUGAGUUUAUUUCAUAUUGUUGUUUCUCCACAGUUUGAACAAAGACAGAGACAGAUCCUGAAGAGGAAACAAAAGGAGGAAGAGAUUGCCAAGGCUAGAGAAGCUGCUGCGCUAGAAUAUAUGCAGCAGUGUUCAUGCAGUGAUGCUCAGAAACCAGGCGGGUUCAAAAUCCUUAAAAGACCACAAAGUUACGGAGUUCUUCCUUCUUCAUCACAGGUUGAGCAACCGAAAGCUCCAGAACCACAGCAGUCAAAACAGAAGAGUUUAGAGGAACGUCAAGCAGCUUAUUUGGAAGCACGUGAGAGAAUUUUUGCUGACUAUACGCCUGAGAAAGACAGCGGAGAUAUUGACGUAGACACUAGGCUUACUGGUUUGUCUGGAAAUGCGUCAUCCAGUAACCCUCAGUCACAUAUUUUCAACCAUAUCUCGAUACCUCGUGCGCGGCCUCCUGCUGCUCUUCUCAAUAUACGUACACAUCCUUACCAAGCCGUUUCUGGAAACCCAGGACUGGAUUACACGUUUUCUCAUCAUGUUUCAACUUAUCCAGGUAUACAUCACCCUCAAAGGGUUCCGGUUGUUGGGCAGGUGCCUUUUUAUGACGCAAGAAUACCACCACCGCCUGGUCCCGUUUUCAGCGUCCCUGCUAUGAUGGGCCCUAUUAUUGUUGAUCAGCAAAGAGGAAAUACUGCAACUUACGGGCAAGUCUUAGCACUCCAUUGA